AUGUUUAAAGAAAUAAAAAAGUUUGUUGAAGAAAAAUAAUAGAAUUUCUCGCCCAAAAAUGAAACUAAAACUUAACUGGCAACUUCAAAUUAAAAGAUGGGAGGAGGAUACACAAAAUUGAACUAAAAGAAAUAAGAAACAAAAAAAGCCCUUUAAUUUGUAAGAGAUAAGGAUGGGGAAAUAAUCAAGGAGAAGCUAAAGGAAUAAAAGAAAAAUCCUCCAUAGGUUUAAUUGCUGUAAAGAGAACUUGAAGAAUAAUUGCAAAUUAUUAAAAAUCUCGAAUAAAGAGAAGCUGAAAGAUAAAAAGAAUUUAAAAAGAAAUCUACUUUAAGCCAAAAGAGAGUUAUAAAAAAGCAAAAGAAGGAAGAAGCUAAAUUAAUUCAAUAGUAUCUUGAAGCACCAGUAGAUCUGGAAAGUAUCAGAACAAUUGAUGAACCAAUGAGCUAAAAAGAUCUUCUACGAUAGAAAAUGACUUCAAAUGAAAAAAUGAGAUCUCAGGAUAUAAAUGAUAGAAGUCCAUUCAAAAAUACUGAGUAAAUACUUCAAGAGUUUAAUUAAACUCAAUACUUUAGGUAAUAAAUUAUAUCAUCUCCAAAAUCCCCUAAACCUGAUCCAAGAGAACUUCCUCUAAAACAUAAUUUCAAAAACUAGAGAUUAGAAUCCUAAGAGUAAUUAAAAUCAGAGAAAUAGUUGCAAGAAGAAUAAUAGAAAACUUAAAAAUCUGAAAAGAUAAGAUCAAUCAUAAAAUCAACAAUUAGAAAUUAACAAAGUAUUGAAAGAGACGACAACUAAAGUAAGAUUAAGAAGUCUUUGAAAGAAUUCAAUCAGAAAGUCAGGGAAGAAAAUAAAUUACUCUAGAAGAAAUAGUAGGUAUUAGAUCAAGAUGAAGUCCACUAUCAAUAUGAUGUAUAAAUAUAGCAAAAACUUUCAUUCGAUCAGCAAUGCUAAUUGUAAUAGGAAUAUGAUAACUCAUUUCAAAUGGAGAAGGAAAAUGUUAGAAUGAAUUCAAACUUGAAUUAAUUGAAUACAGUUACACAAACUAACGCUAACACUAAUACUAAUUCAUACUUUAAUUCUUAGCUUCCUGAAACUAAAAUAAACAGCCCAAGGUAAUAUCAAGUUAUUGAUUAGCUGAAAUAGACUUCAAAAAUAAACAAAAGCGAAAUAUUUUAAAUCUUGGAUGAUAUUUCCACUACAAUACUUAAUAAUAAAAAUAACUAAUAAAGCGAUUUGAGAUUUGAUUAUUCAAACAGAUAAACUAAAGCUAUUGAGCCUUAAACAUAUAGAUAUGUGCAAGAACAGAUUAUUCCAAGUUCAAGAUAAAGAACAAAAGUUGACAUUGAUCUUGAUAACCUAAGAGCUGAACUUUAAAAUUAUGAAAAUCAAUUGCUGAUCAAGAGUCCAACCUAAGUCAAAAAUGAGAUUGAAAUUGAUAAUUUCAUUUAUAGCUAUAACUAAAAGUCUUAAGAUGAUGAUUUAGGGAAUUCUUUUAAAGAAGAUCGGAUAAGGUCUCCAAAGAUGGUACGAUUCGAAGGUAUAGAUUUAGAUUCUUUUGAUCUGAGUAGCUUCAGUAAAGAAAAGUAUUAAUAUAAAUAUCAUGACAAUGAAUAUAAACAGGAAAGGGUAGAAGCCACAAAAUAUGAUACAAUUACUGAUAUUUGA